AUGACAGACGCAAACCUUUGCUACCUCUCCGCCACCGAGCUGGGGCAGCGCAUUGCGGCCGGCGAGGUUUCGUCGCUGGAUGCCACCGAGGCCUACCUGGAACGCAUCGCCAGCCUGGACGGCAACUACGCCUCAUUCAUCACGGUGACCGCGGAUCGGGCUCGCGAAGACGCCCGCCGUGCUGACGCCGAGAUCGCGGCCGGCAACCGCCGCGGACCGCUCCACGGCGUCCCGGUCGCCGUCAAGGACCAGUUCGACACCGCCGGCAUCAUCACCACCAACGGCUCCACCAUCCUCGCGGAGAACGUGCCGGGCGAGGAUGCCACCAUAAUGACCCGGCUGAAAGCUGCGGGUACGGUUCUGCUGGGCAAGCUCAACAUGAGCGAGUACGCCAGCGGCGACGCCUUUCGCCACCCUUAUGGUCGUCCCCGCAACCCGUGGGAUACCGGUCGCAAUCCCGGCACCUCCAGCAGCGGUUCGGGCGCGGCCACGGCCGCGUUCCUGUGCGCCACUUCACUGGGCGAGGACACCGGCGGCAGCAUCCGGGGACCCGCGGCGUUCUGUGGCCUGGUGGGCAUCCGACCCACCUUCGGCCUGGUCAGCCGGCACGGCGUGUUCGGGGCCAGUUGGUCCAUGGACACGGCGGGCCCGAUCUCGCGUACCGUCACCGAUUGCGCCAACACUCUCGAGGCCAUCGCCGGCCACGAUCCCAAGGAUUCGCAGACCUGGGACGUCACGGUCCCAAAUUACUCCGCCGCGCUGGACGGCGACAUCAAUGGACUGAAGGUCGGUCUGGUGUCCGAACGGGUCCACACCGACGCCAACGACCCCGAGGUCCGCGACGCGAUGAUCGCGGCCGCCGGCGUGCUGGCGGGAUUGGGCGCGGACGUCACUGAGGUCUCGAUACCCCUGAUUGUCCAUUCCUCGGAAAUAUCCUACGGGAUCAUCAGCAACGACGCGGCCAUGCUGAACUGGGACAUCAUCUCCACCGACCGCCUGCGGGAGCUGGACCACAACAACCAAGUGCGCCUGCUCAUGGGCGCCAUCCUUCCGGCCAAGGCCUACCAGAAAUCCGCCAGGCUGCGCGAUGUGCUUCGUCGCCAGAUACUGACCGCGCUGGAUGACGUGGACGUACUACUCAUGCCGGCCUCGUCAGUUCCCGCCACGCUGAUACCUGAAACCACCGGCCUGGGCACCAAGGCGGAUGUCAUCGCCGGCUUCAAGGGCCGACGCGGGUUCACGGCGCCAUUCAAUCUGGCGAACCUGCCGGCGCUGUCCAUCAACUGCGGGUUCACGGCAUCCGGCCUGCCCAUCGGGCUGCAAAUGGCCGGCAAGGCCUUCGACGAGACCACGUUGUUCCGCGCCGCCUACGCCUACGAGCAGGCGACGGACUGGGGAGAGCGCCGGCCGCCCGGCGUAUAA